AUGGCCUCCAAUGACGGCAUGGUGCUAAGCGCGUUUGAUCUGACUAUCCUCCCGAUGACUGGGAAGAGGAUGGGACCUUCGCAUGGAACGUUCGCAUGCAGAAGCUCCCGGCCAUGGUCAGCACCAGUACCAUUUGGGAACGUACUGUGGCCAAUGGACACUACCAAGACAGCCACCAGUUCGGUGGUACCUCUAAUAGAUGGCCUGCAUGCACAGCCUUAUCCCGGUAUAACAGUUGUAUACGCUCGUUUAGCUGGGGCGUCGAAUUACUUGUUCGAUAAUAACAGCAUCUCACCUUGCCUUGACGCAUGGCUAUUCUUUCCAGGCAGUCAGCACCAGUGUCAUCUAUGCCAACCUCUAUCAAGAUGA